AUGUCUGAUCUGCUCGACUCCAUGCUCGACCUGCUUCGGCGCCUUCCGCCGACGCAGAUCGAAGAGAACGUCGCCGCACUUGUUAACUUGGUACCGGAGCACGCAGAUGAUUUGCUCGGGAGCAUUGAUCAGCCUCUGAAAUCGCGCGCGGAUACGGCAACUGGAAAGGAAUAUCUUGCUUGCGACUAUAACCGCGACGGCGAGUCGUACCGGUCACCAUGGAGUAAUGAGUACGACCCGCCACUGGACGACGGGACCGCGCCUAGCCCGAAACUGCGCAAGCUCGAGAUAUUGAUGAAUGAGGCGUUUGACAUGUAUCGCGAGUUGUACUAUGAGGGCGGUCUGUCAUCCGUGUAUCUCUGGGAUCUAGAUGACGGAGGGUUUGCGGGAGUGGUAUUGCUUAAGAAGACUGUCACCGCGGAGGCGUCUGGUUCUUGGGACUCGAUUCAUGUCUUCGAAGUGUCGGAGCGCGGGCGGCAGGCACACUACAAGCUCACGAGCACGGUCAUGCUGCAACUUAUCCGCACACACCAGUCCGAUGGCAAGGAGAACAGCAAGGAUAAGGAUAAAGAGGAAGGCUGGAAGAGCAAUGGCACUACCAAUCUGAGCGGGAGCAUGACGCGCCAGAUGGAAGCCGACCACCCAAUACCAGAGCAAGCGGCGCACGUCCCGAACGUGGGCCGGAUGGUCGAGGAAAUGGAAGCGAAGAUCCGGAAUUUGCUGCAAGAGGUGUACUUUGGCAAGACGCGGGAUAUCGUUUCCGACUUGCGCAGCGUCGAGGAUCUCGAACAUGCGCGCAGGCAACAGGCACUGCAGCGCGAGCUUGUCGGGUUUAUCAAGAGGCCAUAG